AUGGCUGCAAAUACAAAUCAACGUAACUAUCAACUGGAUACAAAUACGAACAUCAACAAUAACAACAACAAUAAUAAUGGCAAUGGCAACAUGGAUGAAAUGUCACAGCGUAAAGAAAAGAUAAUCAUACAAAACCAAAUGUUUAUCAAUGUGCAACAACAGCAGCAGCAACAACAACAGCAACAACAACAAUCACAACAGCAACAUGUGGUUAAAAGAGCACCAAAAAAACUAACACAACCACCAGCUAUAUUUAGUACGACAACUACAACUGCUGCUGCAGCUACAAUGGCAGCAACAGCCACCAACGAUAAUAGUGAUGGCAACAAUCACACCAACAACAAUAAUCAAGAUAUUGCCAACUUUAUUGCCAAUUCUCCUACGGCCGCCAGUUAUGUACAGGCCCAACUUAACAACAUCAAUGGCCUCAAUAUAACAACAGCCACUGCAGAUCAUCAACACCAUCAUCAGCAGCAGCAGCAACAUCAUCAUCAGUUGACAGCAAAUGUUGUGGCAGCUACGGCUGCUCCAACAGCCACGGCCACUGUGAGUGGUUUGCCAAUAGUCACCUACAAUGGGAAUCAAUAUUGUGUCAUCACACAUACGGGCGAUAUCACGUCAUCGGCAACUGGCGAAAAACCUGAUUUGUUGCAAGUAACCACCGAUAAAGAGGGAAAAACCAAUUUUAUUUUAAUGCAGUCUUCAUCAUCCAUUCAACCGAAUGCGGGUGACAUAGUGAAUAAUUGAAACUCAUCGUUAAUGUUUAGGUUUUAAAUUUUAUAUAUC